UUAUGAAAUUAAACUUCCGCUUUGUAGACGAUAUCAAGUAAUCAACGACCUUAGGUCCUUUUACUAAGUUAAAAAUAUUAAUGACUGUCUUGUUCAUGCAAUUUUAACAUAAAUUACUGUAAAAUGUCAUUCCUAUAUUUAGAGAGAAAUUUAACACAAAAUUCUAGCUUAUGUCUUAAUAAAUGUUAAUAAUUGCUGCACGUGGUCAACUUUAUCGCACUUCACAGAAAGGGUGGUAAAAGUUGCACUGAUGUUACGAGAUACAUCUAUAUAGUGUGUGUGGUGAAAAUGGUGACUGAAGAUACCAACUAUUUAGGUUUGGUGAGAGUGUUUACAAGUUAAUCUGAGAUCAAGAACUAUGCCUGGUCCAAGUAAUCCAGGGCCAUGGCCAAAAGAUGUAGGUGUAGUUGCCAUGGAGGUAUACUUCCCAUCACAAUAUGUGGACCAAGCCGAACUGGAAAUAUUCGACAAAGUUUCCACUGGAAAGUAUACCAUUGGUUUGGGACAAGCAAAAAUGGGCUUCUGCUCAGAUCGAGAAGACAUAAAUUCCCUUUGUUUGACAGUUGUGCAGAAACUUAUCGAGAAAAAUGACCUAUCCUAUAAUGACAUUGGGCGUCUCGAAGUGGGUACAGAAACUAUUAUAGAUAAGUCAAAGAGUACCAAAACAGUACUGAUGCAGUUGUUUGAGAGCAGUGGUAAUUACAGUGUUGAAGGAAUAGACACGACGAAUGCUUGCUUUGGUGGAACUUCAGCCUUGUUCAAUGCAGUCAAUUGGAUAGAGUCUAGUUCUUGGGAUGGAAGAUAUGCUUUGGUAGUUGCUGGGGACAUUGCAGUUUAUGCCACUGGGAAUGCCCGCUGUACUGGGGGUGCAGGGGCGGUGGCCAUGCUGAUUGGGAGCGAGGCACCACUGGUGUUUGACAGAGGAGUGAGAAGCAUUUAUAUGCAGCAUGCCUACGACUUCUACAAGCCCAACAUGGACUCGGAAUACCCAGUUGUGGAUGGGAAACUGUCAGUCAAGUGUUAUUUACAUGCCUUGGACAAGUGCUAUCAGGCGUACACUGAAAAAGCAACUCAGACAGGGAUUAAAGGAAAGGAAGAUAACCUCAUCAAUUCAUCAGACGCAUUUGUUUUUCACUCUCCAUACUGUAAAUUGGUGCAGAAAUCGUUUGCUAGAAUUUUCCUAAAUGACUUUCUUCAAGAACCCUCACCAGACUUCUCUGGGAGAUAUGCUGGUCUGGAAUCUUUGAGGAAUUUGAAGCUGGAGGAGAGUUAUUUUGACCGCGAUGCAGAGAAAGCACUGAUGGCAGCCAGUAACUCGUUGUUUACACUGAAAACCAAGCCCUCCUUGUUGCUAGCCAAUCAAGUGGGGAACAUGUACACACCCUCUGUGUACGGAGGAUUAGCUUCCUAUUUACUGAGUGCUUCACCAUCAGAAUUAGUGGGACACAGAAUUGUGCUAUUUUCCUACGGCUCUGGACUAGCCUCGGCCAUGUUCUCUAUAAAAAUUACUAAAGACUUGGGACCAAAGUUAAAUAAACUUUUAGAAAAUCUGUCCAAUAUUUCAAAGAAUUUACAGAACAGAGUGAAAGUGUCACCAGAAGAGUUCGAUAAAACCAUGAAACUACGAGAGGAAACACAUAACAGAGCCCCCUACACCCCUGUGGGGUCUACUGAGGGACUGUUUCCUGGGACCUGGUUCCUGACCGAGGUUGACUCAAUGCACAGAAGGAAGUAUGACAGAGUACCACUAGUCCAAAUACCCAACGGAAAUCUACAACAGACAGGUGAUGUGAAGUGACAAAUGAAGUGUGUUAUUUGAUUGUCCCUCUAAUUAAACAUGUGAAAUGCUAUGGAUGUAAUAUUUAUAUUGAUUUACAGUAUUUAGAAGCAUAUUUGUGAAUGUUGUAUGAGAUACACAAAAAAAUGCAUUUUUAACCCUUUAUCUGUAUUGCUUAUGCCUUUAGAAUUGAUUUUUUUUUUUCAAAUGAAUAUAUUUGUUAUAAUGCAAUAAAUUAAACUUGCAAUUGAG